CGUAGGCCGACGCGGGGCAGCCGCUGACAUCAAAAAGGGGUGAGCUAAAAAUAUAACCCUUGUAACUGACCUGGUCGCCGGCAUUGGGAACAUUGAACGGGCGGCUAAGGAGUUGCCGCACUACACCUUCCGGCCUCCUAACCCUGUUUGCGAACUGACCAGCAAGCGGCGGCAAAGCGCCACCUUUUACCGGUAGCUUCGCUGCAUUUUCCGAAUCUGAUUUUCCGGCAGUCCUGCGAAUUCAUUUGGCUGAUUACAUAUUGGGGCAAGAUAAUGUUUUCCUUUGGCUAUCAUCUUCAUUCAAAGAAGAAGGACAAGAUGAGUUUGAAUUUGUCAGUCGGGUGCCAAAGAUUUGGUUAAUAAAUCCUUAAUCUUGUCAUAACUAUGAGACUUCAUGCUAAAUGCUGCCUAUGACCGCCUCAUAUCUAUAUCUUUGCGUUACCCAGUGAAGUCUUUCAGCUUGCUGCAUAAGCUCAGUUGCUCUAACUACGUAGCCCACACCCAUUUCCAUAGCCCACAGCCAUCAUAUCAAAUCUGCAUUACCAGCAAUGAACUCCUUGAUUUCUUUGAUGUCAUUGUUCACCGAUGCCUUACAGUCCAGCAAUCUCAACAAGUUCACACUCAACUUCUUGUUUCUGGUGCUCAUCAGUCGGCCUUCUUGGCCGCCAAACUCAUAACUGUUUAUGCAUCUUUUGGGUUUGUCAGAGAUGCUCGGAAAGUAUUUGAUGCGGUCCAAGUUGAAGGUCUUGAAAAUCUGCUUUUGUGGAAUUCAAUUCUUAGAGCCAAUGUCUCUCAUGGGUAUUAUGAUUAUGCACUUAAACUUUAUGCUAAGAUGCGAAAGCUUGGAUUUUGGCCUGAUGGGUUCACUUUUCCUCUAUUAUUAAGGGCUUGUUCGAAUGGGCUCACCCCCACUCUGUGCAAGAUUGUUCACUGUCAUGCUUUGCAAAUGGGUUUCCAGAAUAAUCUUCAUGUUGUGAAUGAACUGUUGAAUAUGUAUGGGAAGCUUGGGCAAAUGGUUGAUUCCUCCCAAUUAUUUGAUAGAAUGGUUGUCAAAAGCCAAGUUUCAUGGAAUAUGAUGGUUUCUGGUUAUGCUUCAAACCAUGAUCCUCGUGGUGCUUGUAAGACCUUUAAGCAAAUGGAGUUGGAGGGAUUUCAACCAAAUUCUGUGACAUGGACAUCACUGUUGUCAAGCCAUGCUAGAUGUGGCCUUUAUGAUGAAACACUGAGGUUGUUUAAGGCAUUGAAUAUGAGGGGAACUGAAAUCAGUGCUGAAGCCCUAGCUGUAGUCUUAUCCGUGGGUGCUGAUAUGGGUUCAAUUGACAGGAGCAAAGAACUACAUAGCUAUAUUGUAAAGGGUGGAUAUGAAAAUUAUUUGUUUGUGAAAAAUGCAUUGAUAGGCGCUUAUGGGAAGCAUGAGCUUCUCGAUGCACAUAAGCUAUUUUCUGAAAUAACGAGCAAGAAUAUAGUAAGUUGGAAUGCUUUGAUAUCAUCAUAUGCUGAAUGUGGAUUAUGUGAUGAGGCACUGUCAGUAUUUUUGCAGCUGGAGAAGUCAGAUGGUCAUCCUCCAGUUAGACCUAAUGUCAUAAGUUGGGGUGCUGUUAUUGGUGGUUUUGCUUCAAAAGGGCGUAUUGAGGAAUCCCUUGAGCUUUUUAGAAGAAUGCAGCAGGCCAAAGUAAUGGCCAAUUGUGUGACAAUCUCCAGCAUUUUAUCAGCUUGUGCAGAGUUAGCAGCUCUGAACCUUGGCAGGGAAAUCCAUGGUUAUGCUGUUAGGGUUCUGAUGGAUGAUAAUAUUUUGGUAGUAAAUGGCUUGAUUAAUAUGUAUAUGAAGUGUGGGGGUUUCGAGGAAGGGCAUUUGGUGUUCGAUAACAUGAAGGGUAGAGACUUAGUCUCUUGGAAUUCAUUAAUUGGUGGCUUUGGUAUGCAUGGGCUUGGCGAGAAUGCAUUAAGAACUUUUGAUGAGAUGAUUAAGUCUGGAAUCAAGCCAGACAAUGUCACUUUUGUUGUUGUUCUUUCUGCAUGCAGUCAUGCAGGACUUGUUGAGGAGGGCCGCAAGCUUUUUGACAGGAUGGUUAAAGAAUUUAAAGUUGAACCUCUGAUAGAGCACUAUGCAUGUAUGGUUGAUCUUCUUGGCCGUGCUGGACUUUUGCGAGAGGCAAGUGAUAUCGUUAGAAGCAUGCCAAUAGAGCCUAAUGAGUGUAUUUGGGGAGCUCUUCUAAAUGCAUGCAGAAUGCACAGGGAUAUAGACAUUGCAGAAGACGCGGAAUCAUAUAUUCUGAGUCUGAAUUCAGAAGUAACUGGAAGUUACAUGCUGCUGUCAAAUAUUUAUGCUGCAAGUGGAAGAUGGGAGGAUUCUGCUAGGGUUAGGAUCUCAGUGAAGUCAAGGGGCUUGAAGAAAUUUCCUGGUCAGAGUUUGAUAGAGGUGAAAAAGAAAGUUUACACAUUCUCAGCAGGGAAUGUUGUCCAGUCUGGACUGGAAGAAGUUUAUAGGAUGCUCGAGGAAUUGGCACUUCAAAUGGAGAGUGAAAUUUGCGCAUCCAAUCAUGUGCUUAAUCAACAAUGCAUUGAUGAUGAGGAGUCAAACCUCUUGGUUGUUGCAAACUGAGAGACUAGGUUUUAUUUUAUCCUAUGGCUUUCUCUUGCUGGCACAAACAGUUCACUUUAGAAUCUGAUGUUUUGGGAAAAUACUAGCCCUGCUAGUUCUAUCCAAAGAAGAAAGCGGCUGUUUUUAUUAUUUUCAUGCAAAUUGAAACGUCAUCCUAAGAAAAUAAGACACAGAACUUUGGAGCAACACCUGGGGAAUUUUACAUUGGCAGAUGAGAUCAAUUCUUAGUAGCUUAUGAGAUGCUUUAUUGAAUGUCAAAAGGAAGGGAAUUCCUAGGGCUAGAGGUUCGUUGAAGAUGUUUGAAGAGCAUCUCCUUCACAUUAUCUCGUGUGUUUUAUGCCUCCGCCCUCCGCUGAUAUUGAAACCAGACAGGGAGAUGGUUUUAGUUUACCAAUUGUACGCUUUUGCCAUAAAGGCCGUGUGUGCGUGUUUGUGUUCUUCUAAUACCUGGCGCUUUCUGUUCUUUCUCAACUGCCUGGAUUUUUUACUGGGGCAAACACUUGCAGAUAUCUUGAUGCUGGUUUGAAUGCCAUGGAUUGGCUGGGUUUUUAUUUCUACAGUCGCUUACAUUUUAGAUUACCUUGUAGUUCUCUGAAAA